CUCUGUCCACUCAUCGCCCUGUCCAUGUUUUAUCUUUGGUUCUUGCUCCUGUAUGUGUGUGUGUUUUUUUGUAUAUAUACAUACACACCUACCCACAAGAUUAACCUUGCAAUACUCAAUUAAUUCAUCACUCUUCUCUCUCUCUUUCCUUGCUAGAAAAUGAACAUGGACAUGUCUCCUCCAUCAAUGACGCCCAGUGAUCAUAGCAUGAAAGAUAAUAUGGCGAUGCACAUGAACCUCUUCUGGGGCAAAGAUGUGAUCAUUCUGUUCGCGGGAUGGCCUGGAACAAGCCUUGGCAUGUACGUGCUCGCUCUCUGCUUUGUCUUCCUUCUCGCCCUUUCUGUGGAGUUCUUCUCCUUCUCUAUGGUUGUCAAGCCAGGGACCAACCCUGUGGCUGGAGGCUUGACUCAGGCUGCUGUCUACGCUCUUCGCACCGCUCUUGCCUACUUGAUCAUGCUCUCUGUCAUGUCCUUGAAUAUCGGAAUCUUCUUAGUUGCGGUGGCCGGCCACACCGUCGGCUUCUUUCUCGUCAAGUGCCGGGCACUUUCCAUGGCUUCUCGGUCUGGGCCCGAUGGCCCCACCACGUCCGCAUGCAUACCCAAAGUUUGAUUUUCAUGUCACUUGCUAGAAUUCCUUACUUGAAUUACGUUUAUGAUUUUAAUCAAAGAUGCGGAUUCGAUACACUCAAAUACAUGGACGCAUAUGCGGUGAUGUAUUUUUUGAAUUUGAAUAGUACGAUCAAGUAUGUAGGUGUGUCGUCGUAUUUCUUGAAUUUGAAUAUUUUUGUGUUUUUCUUCUC